AUGCAGUUGUGGUGCACUUGCGUACGCACUCGAAACGGUGCAGUUGGAACAGAGUUGGAGCCGCCACAGACUGUAGCGAGCAUUGGUGUCAGCAGGGGUUUCACCACGCCCCUAGCCAAUAUCCUCCGCCGAAUCUCCUCGAGAGAAGCCGCGUACGCAAUGGCACUGUCUGCACAACUCGAGCAAGGACACAAGAAGUGGCGACCAAGGAUUCAGAAGAAAGAAGAGCGAGCAGCAGCCGAUCAAGGAUUCAGAAGAAAGAAGACCGAGCAGCAGCCGAUCAAGGAUUCAGAAGAAAGAAGACCGAGCAGUAGCCGAUCAAGGAUUCAGAAGAAAGAAGACCGAGCAGCAGCCGAUCAAGGAUUCAGAAGAAAGAAGACCGAGCAGCAGCCGAUCAAGGAUUCAGAAGAAAGAAGACCGAGCAGCAGCCGAUCAAGGAUUCAGAAGAAAGAAGACCGAGCAGCAGCCGAUUAA